AUGACCCAGCCCGCCGGCGCCCUGGCGGCCCACCCCGAGUCGCAAGGCACCCCGGCUCCCGACGCCGACCCCAUCGAGCUCUCCCGCCUCGACGCCUCGGGCGCUCGCGCCUCUCCGUCGACUGAGCCCGAGCCGGGGCGGGUGUCCGCCUCCGCCCCGGGGCCCGUCUCCGCCCAAGGCCCAGCCGAGAGGUGGAACCAGCCGAGGGUCAACAUCGGCAGGCUGGCUUUUGCCUAUUACUCCUUCAUCAUUGCCGGGAUGAAUGAAGCCGCCGUCGGUCUCGAACACCACUACAAAGGCCGCAGCAACGUCGACGUGUCAUGGUUCUUCCUCACCCCUGCCGUUGGCUACUUGGCAGCCGCCCUCGCCAAUGCCCCCAUCCACCGCCAAUUAGGCCAUCGCGGCGUCGCCGUCGGGGGGCCUUUUUUCCACCUCGCGACCUUCGCUUGCUUCGCCUACAAGGGCGCCCAACUGCCGGCCCCUGCUGUCAUUGCCAUCAAUGCCUUGAGUGGUUUUGGCAACGGGCUGACUGAAGCCUGCUUCAACGCCUGGGUUGCUGGCAUGGACAAGGCCGGCAUCGUCCAGGGGUUAAUGUAUUCCUGCUACUCGCUCGGCGCCUUCUUCUCAUCCCUCGCCGUCGCGUUCAUGGUCGUCGAGGUCGACAAGGCUUGGCUCAACUACUACUACGUCGUGUCGGGCAUGGCAUUAAUCGAGUUGUUUGGCCUCACGGUCGUCUUCUGGAACAAGGAUGGCCCCGGUUACCGAGCUGAGCAUGCCCACGAAGGCGGCACGCGUAAGGCGCUUAGGUCCGUGGUGACAUGGCUAUGCGCGCUCUUCUUAUUCGUCUGCAUGGCCGCCGAGGCUGGCCUUGGCGGCUGGGUCGUCACGUUCAGGCUGGACGUCUCCUCCGCCUCUCCCUUGGCACCUGCCAUUGCCAACUCCAGCAUGUGGGCCACCAUGGCCCUGGGCCGCGCCCUUUUUGGCGUUGCCACGCGCGGCUUUGAGGGGCGACGCCGCCUGACUAUAUGCCUUGCCACUUGCCUCGCCAUCUGCGUCGGCUUCGAGCUGCUCUUCUAG